GAACAGAGUGUGAAGACCUCAUAGAAGAGUUGCUGUGUUGCCUGAUCCAGCUCAUUGUUGAAAUUCCCCUCUUAGAUAUCACAUACAGCAUUUCCUUGGAAGCUGUGACCACUCUCAUUGUCUUCCUCUCCUGCCAGUUAUUCCACAAGGAAAUUCUACGGGAGAGCAUCAUUCACAAGUACCUGAUGCAUGGUCGAUGUCUCCCAUACACCAGCAGACUUGUGAAGACUUUACUGUAUAAUUUCAUUAGGCAAGAAAGAAGCCCUCCUCCAGGGAGCCAUGUCUUUCAGCAGCAAACAGAUGGAGGAGGACUGCUUUAUGGAAUUGCAUCUGGGGUGGCAACUGGCCUGUGGACAGUCUUCACGCUCGGUGGAGUGGGCAGUAAACCAACACCUCAGCUGGAGCAGUGCUCCCCUCUUGCCAACCAGAGUCUCCUGCUCCUGCUGGUCUUGGCUAAUCUGACUGAUGCUCCAGAUACACCAAAUCCCUACAGACAAGCUAUUAUGUCCUUCAAGAACACACAAGAUAGCUCUGCUUUCUCCUCAUCAAAUCCCCACACUUUCCAGAUUAAUUUUAACCAGUUUAUACCAGCUCUGUGUGAACAGCAGAAAUCUGAUCAAGCAACUCUUCUGUUGUACAUGCUCCUGCAUCAAAAUGGCAACGUCCGGACCUACGUGUUGGCACGAACUGACAUAGAAAACCUUGUUCUGCCAAUUCUGGAAAUCCUGUAUCACGUUGAAGAAAGGAAUUCCCACCAUGUUUACAUGGCUCUGAUCAUCCUGCUGAUCCUGACUGAGGAUGAUGGUUUCAAUCGAUCCAUUCAUGAAGUGGUAUUGAAAAAUAUCACUUGGUAUGCUGAACGUGUCUUAACUGAGAUCUCACUUGGGAGUCUCCUGAUAUUAGUGGUGAUAAGAACCAUCCAGUACAACAUGACACGGACCAGGGACAAAUAUCUUCACACCAAUUGUCUGGCAGCCUUAGCAAACAUGUCAGCACAGUUCCGCUCACUUCACCAGUAUGCUGCUCAGAGGAUCAUCAG